CAGAUACGAAAAAUAGUGUAGGACUAGUAGGAUGUAUUGAAGAAAUUUCUCACAAUGCAAUAGCGAUAUAUUGGAAUCCUAUGGAAAGCCCCGCUAAGAUAAAUAUUGCCGUCCAGUGUUUAAGCACGGAUUUCAGUAGUCAAAAAGGAGUAAAGGGACUACCUCUACAUUUACAAAUAGACACCUAUGAAGAUCCCAGGGAUUCCCAAAUUUUCCACAGGGGUUACUGUCAAAUAAAGGUGUUCUGUGAUAAGGGCGCAGAGAGAAAAACACGGGAUGAAGAAAGGCGAGCAGCUAAACGAAAAAUGACAGCGACAGGUAGAAAAAAGUUGGACGAAUUGUACCAUCCGAUGUGCGAAAGAUCAGAAUUCUACACAAUGAGCGAUCUUACGAAACCUCCGGUAUUAUUUUCUCCAGCAGAGGACAUCGAUAAAUUGACUUCAAUGGAGCUGCAGGGGUUUUACUCUCAAGAAGAUGGAUCAUUAAGUGGUCCCGUGGAUCACGUAAAGACAGGUUCACCAUUCCUUUUACACCCAGCCUCAAAAACACCUACGACACCUACUCUGAAGUUCCAUAACCAUUUUCCACCAGAUGCUGACAAAAAGGAAAACAGUAUAUUAGACAGUAGUUUAUCAUCCGAUGGAAACGUUUUUUCCCCACCUAUUAACAAAAGGCCAAAAAUGAUGAGUGGGUCUGGUGGUGUGGGUCCUCCUCCUUUGAACGAAAGAGUGAUGCUGUAUGUACGCCAGGAAAACGAUGACGUGUAUACACCGCUUCACGUUGUUCCUCCCACUACAGUUGGACUUCUAAAUGCAAUUGAGAAUAAGUACAAAAUUAGCGCGUCGAGUAUAAAUAACUUGUAUCGCAAAAACAGAAAAGGCAUUAUAGCCAAGAUUGAUGACGAUAUGGUAGCGUAUUAUUGCAACGAGGAUUUGUUCCUGUUGGAAUUGAAAGCAGUGGAUGAUGCAGUCGAUGUUACUUUCGUGGAGCUAAUGGAUCAUUAACCGCCAUUGAUAUUAUCUUACGUACUUAUCAGUUUUUGUUGUGAUUUGUUUUUUAACGAUGUAUUUUUAGGAACAAUGUUGAUCAGAACUUUAUUAUUUGUUUAUAAUGUCUAGAAUGUUGAUUUUACAAGGAGUUUUUUUCAAUCAUUUAUAAUCAAACUAAGUUAUUGUUAGUUUUUGUUUUUAUGUUUAUUAAGGACAUGAUCACGUUUAUAUUUGUGAAAUAUUAAUGUGAUCAUUUACAUUCAAUGUAACUCUACUGUUAUCAAUUUUUUAUAUACAUGGUGGCAAUGUUUUUGUUUCUGAGAAUUUAGAUGUUUUUAUUAGGAACUUAGCAUUUAGGUUUACAUCGAGUUAUAACUGGUGACCCAUUAUUCCUAUUUCACAAAAAUUCUUUAAUUAGGCACUACAAACAUAAGAGAAAAUAUUUUUUAAAGCUAUAGUGCGAUUGGUAGCUACUUAAGUAUUGUACUUAUUGUAUUAAAUCGAUAUACUGGAACUAUGGGCCACUAUGUAUACAUAAUAAUAUUAUUAACUUGGUCGCCAUUGAUCUCAAAAUUGAAAUAAUGUAAAUGAUCUGAAAUUGUCAUGUACAGAAAACCACUAGUGUCUUGUAUCUAGGGGUAGGGAAGAAGGGAGUAUUUUUUCUUUGUAAAUAGCUUUAAGUUGUUUGUAAAUAUUGACCAGCCAUGACUUAGUUAUAUACGCACCUUAAGUGUUGUGAUAAGAACUACUCAAAACCUCUUAAUUGAAGAAUGUAGCACAAAGGUAAUCUUGAUACAAUCAUUUUAGACGUUUUUACUCAAUCAUAUAUUUGUUUUAAUAAAUAUAACAGGAGACUAUCACUAAUAUAAAUCAAUUUUAAAACAAUCUAGAAGUACCAACAAGAAAUAUCUUCAUUUUCUUAUUAUAUUCUUAAUACAUAUAACAUGUGGUCCUAAACUUUUUAGAAAAUAAUUAAACGCUGAAUUUUUUUUUCAUUUCUGGUUUUACGACUUAAAACGUGAUACAUUCAUAAACAUUUCGUACGUCCCUGACUUUUUUCCUUGGCUUGAUUCAAAAUUUCUGGUCGACCACUUUUAGGUAAAUUAGCUAUACCCUCUUCACAUUUCUUUAUGAUCUUAUAAAUUGUUGGGGAAAUAUUUUGCUCUCAAAUAGCAACAAUAUUACGUUUUGACACUGUAAGACAUUUUCUUGAACUGGAGCACAAAACUAAACUGAUAAAAUUAAGACAAUUCAUUUUCAUACAUCUUGAUUAAACGGAAUUUGGUACAAUUACUGAAUAUCUUUGAAUUUUCCUCAAAAUAUUGAGACCAUACAUUAUUGUUGUAUAUUUUAUUUUACAUUUUUAAAAUCACGACUAAGAAAAGACUAUACGAUACGUUUUUCUCAUGGAAUUCACCGUUUUAAAUCAGCUGGAGUUUUAUAACCAGUGGCAUGUACAUUUAAUAAAUUUUUGAAGGGUGAAAUAAAUUUACGACCAUAGAUUAAAUAAACAAUAUAUGAAAUGAAACGUUAUGUAACAGUGAUAUAUUUUCUGAGUGGACAUUAAUUUAAAUUUCCGAACUGGUAACUAAAAAAUAAAAACUAGAUCAUUAAUCUUUUUGAAUACCAAGUGAAGUUACUAAUACAUUUGGUAAAUGUACGUUUUUGUGUAAACUUUUGCUUAAGAGUUACAUUUAAAAUUAGUAGAUAUACUGGACUGAUAUAUUUUCAAAAAUAAUUUUUUAUUGUAACUCAAAAACUGAUUGAAUAAAAAUCGAAUAUUUUGUAUAUAAUAUAUCGUAAGUCGUAAGGUAUUGGUAUUUGUGAAAAAAAGUAAAACGAUAAAUGUAAUCAGACUGAGAGAACAUCUAAAAUGAUUGGUAUUGAUCUGUUUCAGCCUCUGGACUUCUUAUUGGUGAAUGUUCCUGAAUUCUUUUUUUUUUUUUUCAUAACACCAAUGUCUGGGUAUGUUGCAAUCAAAAUGCCUCACAAAAUUUCAAACGUACCUGACUAACGCUUUAUAUAAUCUUUAAAUGUUCAAAAUGCCAUUAUAUUGAGUAUACUUUUGGGAUACAAUUCUUCAAGAAGUUUAUUUUUAAUUUUUUCAAAGAAUUUUUCUUUAAUUUAGAAAAUUCUACAUGGUACUGAUCUGAUUAUAUAAAUAUUUGUCAUUUCUUUCGAAUAAUUUAUUAUAAAAAAAAUGUGUAAAAUCUUUACACACUUUUAUUAUUUGAUAUUAGAGUAGUUUUAGAAAAGUAUAUUAGGUGGCUCUCUGUAUUCAUAGAGAAAUAUAAGAAUACUAUAGACGACUUAUCUUCAUUGACCACCAAUUUAGUUAAGAUAGUGACUCAAUGAUGAUUAUAUUCGCAAUAUUACUUAAG